CAAAAAUCUCUAACCAAAAAGACACGUGAGAGCAGGAUUCGGCGGUGUGCCGAAACUGUUCCCUUCCUUGCCGACGAAAAUGGAGGCGGCCGGCGAGAAGGGCGUGGCACGGAUCAAGCCAGAGUUCAUAAUCCAGACGGAGGAGCAGCAGCAAACUGUGCAGAAGGAAGAGCAAAGCGAGGAGCCGGCCAGCAAGAAGCCGAAGCGCGAGGAGAGGAAAAGAGGACAAAAUAAAGCUCGAGGGGUGCCUUGGAAGGCGGACCCUGGCACGCAGGUGUGCGUCAGCCUCAUCGACGUGCGCCAAGGGGAGCCGUGGCCCGAGUGCGAGCGCGGCGCCAAAUGCAACCACAUGCACAGCGCGCGGGACUAUUUGGCGCUCAAGCCGGCCGACCUCGGAUCCACCUGCUACCUCUACAGCACCUUCGGAAGGUGUCCCAGGGGCCUCGCCUGCAGGUUCGGCUCGUCUCACAUCUCCGAGGAGGGCUACAACAAGGUCGACCCUGAGCUGUUUGACCCUGAUCGCCCGGCGAGCAGCACAAAUGUGCUCAGCAAAGAGGUGCAGUUGGCCCUGCGCAAGUACAAAUACGAUUUUUCAAAGAGUGAGAAGGUCUGCAAGGGCGAAAAGCGUCAGGGUCCCGUGGCAGACGAGGAUCAGGUCAAACUCAGGGCAGAGGAGAAACCAAAGAUUGAGUGGCGAGACAAACUUUACCUGUCGCCGCUGACGACCCUGGGCAACCUACCCUUCCGAAGGGUAUGCCGGAGGUUCGGGGCGGACGUGACCUGCGGCGAGAUGGCGGUGGCUAGCUCCAUCCUUCAGGGACAGCCGCAGGAAUGGGCCCUGGUGCGCAGACACGAGUCCGAGACCCUAUUCGGCGCUCAGAUCUGCGGAAACAACCCCCUAAUCCUGGCCAAGUGCGCUCAGGUGCUGCAGGAGCAGACGGAUAUUCAUUUUAUAGACAUUAACACUGGCUGUCCAAUCGAUCUAAUCUACCAACAGGGCGCAGGAAGCGCCCUGAUGCGUCGGCCAAACGUGCUGGAGCAGAUGGUGACGGCCAUGACGCAGGUCAGCGACCUGCCAGUCACCGUGAAGACGCGCACGGGCGUUUAUUCGGACAAAAAGACGGCGCACACUCUCAUUCCGCGCCUCAAGACGUCCGGAGCCUCCCUUAUCACGCUGCACGGGAGGUCGCGGGAGCAGAGGUACACAAAAAUGGCCGACUGGGCGUACAUCGACGAGUGCGCGAAGGCCGCCGCCCCCGUGCCCCUGUUCGGCAACGGCGAUAUCCUCUCCUACGAGGACUAUAAAGCGAAACGCGAAAUGUGUCCCAACGUCGCAGGCGUGAUGAUCGGCAGGGGCGCGCUGAUGAAGCCGUGGAUCUUCACAGAGAUCAAAGAGCAGCGGCAGUGGGACAUUUCGUCCAGCGAGCGCCUGGACAUCCUCAAAGAGUACGUCAACUUGGGCCUCGAGCACUGGGGCAGCGACGACAAGGGCGUCGAGACGUGUCGCCGCUUUCUGCUCGAGUGGCUGAGUUUCCUCUACCGCUACGUGCCGCUCGGCCUGCUGGAGCGGCCGCCGCAGGCCAUCAACGAGCGGCCGCCACCGUUCCGCGGCCGCGACCACCUCGAGACCCUGAUGGCCAGUCCGAGGAGCGCAGACUGGGUCGCCAUCAGCGAAUUGCUGCUCGGACCGGUGCCGCAGCACUUCCACUUUUUGCCGAAACACAAGGCAAACGCUUACUGAAAUUGCAAAUGAUGGAUUGCAAUAAAUCGCUGAAAGGAUUAAUUA